AUGGCAACAGCGGCCACGCCCUUGGAGAUGAAUUGGCUCGAGAUGAAGUGGGAACAAAUGUAUGAAGGACGUAAUCCACUCAUCGUUACUGGUGUAUUUUCCUUUUUAAUGCACGAGUUCGUUUAUUUUGGCCGCUUUAUACCAUUCUUAAUAUGCGACUUCAUUCCUUACUUCCAACAAUACAAAUUACAGGAGGCUAAAAUCAACACAAAUGAAGAUUAUUGGAAAUGCACCAAAAAAGUACUCUAUGCCCACUUCGUUUUCGAAGGUCCCUUAAUAUUCUUAUUUCAUCCAUUUGCUACCAUUCUGGGUAUGAAAGUUUCUGCCCCUUUUCCCGCUUGGCAACAAAUGUUGACGCAAAUCGUCAUCUUUUUCAUUUUUGAGGAUUUUUUUCAUUACCACAUGCAUCGUUUCAUGCAUUGGCCACCAUUUUACAAGAAGGUUCACAAAGUGCAUCAUGAGUAUGCUGCCCCUUUUGGUAUUGCCGCUGAAUAUGCUCAUCCUAUUGAAACAAUGAUAUUGGGUUUCGGUACAGUUGGAGGGCCUUUACUUUAUCACGCUGCUACUACUUUUGUGUUUAAAACUGAUCCUUCUUGGGGAUUACAUCUUAUUACCAUGUUGGCUUGGAUUGUGUUGCGCUUGUUCCAAGCUAUUGAUGCUCACUCUGGCUAUGAUUUUCCUUGGUCAUUGUGCCAUUGGGUACCUUUUUGGGCUGGUGCUGAGCAUCAUGAUUACCAUCAUCAAGCCUUUAUCGGUAAUUAUGCAAGUUCCUUCCGUUGGUGGGAUUAUCUUUUUGGCACUGAUGUCAAGUAUAGAGCUUAUCGUAAAAGACAGGCAGAAGAGAAACGCAAAUUAAAGAUGAAGAAAAGUUUAUAA